AUGUCCAUAGUGUUUAAGCAGAGCAGCUCCGAUGGGAAGCUUUCUAUCUACCUGGGGAAACGAGACUUCAUGGAUGAUUCAGACACCGUGGAGCCCUUUGAUGGAGUAAUCCUUGUUGACCCCGAGUACUUAAAAGGUCGAAAGAUGCUUGUCAUGUUGACAUGUGCCUUUCGCUAUGGCCGUGAGGACUUGGAUGUGAUUGGUCUGACAUUCCACAAAGAUCUCUACGUACAGGCCAAGCAGGUGGCUCCAGCUGAACCCACCAGCAUCCAGGGCCCCCUCACAGCUUUACAGGAGCGGCUUCUGCACAAACUCGGGGCCAAUGCCUACCCUUUCACACUUCAGAUGGCUGCUAACCUGCCCUGCUCGGUGACACUGCAGCCUGAAGAUUCAGGAAAGGGAAGGGAGGACAGUGAGCUACCUUGUGGGGUUGACUUUGAAGUGAAGAGUUUCUGUGCAGAAAAUAUGGAUGAGAAAAUCCCUAAGAGUGAUUCUGUGCAGCUGGUUAUAAGGAAAGUGCAGUUUUCAGCCCUGGAACCAGGCCCUGGUCCCUGGGCACAGACCAUUCACAGCUUCUUUCUGUCGGCUCAGCCCCUACAACUCCAGGCCUGGAUGGACAGAGAGGUUCACUACUAUGGAGAAGCUAUUUCUGUCCGUGUUUCUAUCCACAACUGUACCAACAAGGUUAUCAAAAGAAUCAAGUUGCAGGUGAUUGUGCAGAUCACAGAUGUUGUCCUGUAUUCACUAGACAAGUACAUGAAGACUGUGUUCAUUCAGGAGUUCAUAGAGACAGUAGCUGCUAACUCCAGCUUCUCCCAGACCUUUGCAGUAACCCCACUCCUGGCCGCCAACCACCAGAAACAGGGUCUGGCACUGGAUGGCAAACUCAAGCACAAAGCCACCAAUCUGGCCUCUAGCACAAUUCUUCGACCUGGGAUGAACAAGGAGCUUCUGGGGACCCUGGUGUCCUACAAAGUUAGAGUCAACCUGAUGCUGUCCUAUGGGGGUAACAUCCUCCGAGGUCUUCCAGCCAGUGAUGUUGGUGUGGGGCUGGCCCUGAUCUUGAUCCAUCCAAAGCCAUCUCAUGGUGAGAGACCAGUGGCUACCAGCUCGGAGGACAUAGUCAUCGAGGAGUUUAUGCGGCAGGACAGCCAGGCCCAGAGCUAG